GAUUCAGCUCUAAAGAAAAACAGCUCACACAAAGGUGAUCUCAGCACUUGGGAUCACAGGCCUUUAGUCCUAGAUUUGAGAGGUAUUAGAAGAAGAAGCAAAGUCAGUAUUACAAAUUUAUUCUGCAGCCACGCUGAGGACAGGACAGCCCUUUCAGCCAGAGGUAAGGUAGUGUCUGGCUACUUUGCUUGUCGGAUCUUCUUCAGCUUGAAGCUUGAACCCCAGUAUCUGCUUCUGGGUUUUAUUUGUGUUACAUACUGGCACCCAACGUUAAAGUACAAAUUCAUGGAAAAGGCCACUUUGAAGCCACUGGCCCAGGCCCAGGCCCAGGCCUGAGUUGCUGGCGGGGCUCCUGCUGGAGUCCUUGCCCUACUGGCGAGGUUUUCUUUUGUUGUUUCCCCAAAUCUUUGAGCAAGUUUGAGAUUUUCCUGUUGUUGCCUUUCUAAACCAUUUUCAGCUGCCACUGGAACUUGGGAGGCUUUGCCUUCAGGUCAAUCCUGCCACAUGUGUUUCUUCCUAACAAUCCUAUGUGCUUUUUUUCUUUUUUUUUUGGAUGCCCCUCCCCCCUAUUUCCCAAGUAGGUUGUGGACUUUCCCUACAGCCCCUCUCCUUGUGAUGACACACUCAUCUCAUGGCCACAAGCUAGUCCUCCAACUCAGAGGGGCUACACCUCAUAGUUCACUGACACUGUCCGCAGACAUGGGCGCAAGCGCGUGUCGAGCCCCGCCUCUAAGGCAGAUAGGCGGGACCCAGGCCCCGCCCCUGCGGUCGGAGCAAUUGCACUGCUGAGGUCCGGAGGUCUGCGCCCAUGGCCGCCGCGCUGCUCGCCCGGGCCGGUGGCCCGCUCCGCCGAGCUCUCCAGCCUCAAGACUGGCGCAGGUUACACACUGUUUACCAGUCUGUGGAACUGCCAGAGACACAUCAGAUGUUGCGUCAGACGUGCCGUGACUUUGCUGAGAAGGAGCUGGUCCCCAUUGCAGCCCAGCUGGACAAGGAGCAUCUCUUCCCCACAGCUCAGGUGAAGAAGAUGGGUGAGCUUGGGCUGCUGGCCAUGGAUGUCCCGGAGGAGUUCAGCGGUGCGGGCCUGGAUUACCUGGCUUACUCCAUUGCCCUAGAGGAGAUCAGCCGUGGCUGCGCCUCCACUGGAGUUAUCAUGAGUGUCAACAAUUCUCUCUACUUGGGGCCCAUCCUGAAGUUUGGAUCCCCAGAGCAGAAGCAGCGGUGGAUCACCCCUUUCACUAGUGGCGACAAAAUCGGCUGCUUUGCCCUGAGUGAGCCAGGGAAUGGCAGUGACGCGGGGGCUGCUUCCACCACGGCCCGGGAAGAGGGUGACUCGUGGGUCCUUAAUGGCACCAAAGCCUGGAUCACCAACUCCUGGGAGGCUUCGGCCACGGUGGUGUUUGCCAGCACAGACCGGUCCCUGAAGAACAAGGGUAUUAGUGCCUUCCUGGUUCCCAUGCCAACACCUGGGCUCACACUGGGCAAGAAGGAAGAUAAGCUGGGCAUCCGGGCCUCAUCCACAGCUAACCUCAUCUUUGAGGACUGUCGCAUCCCCAAGGAGAACCUGCUGGGGGAGCCAGGGAUGGGCUUCAAGAUAGCCAUGCAAACCCUGGACAUGGGCCGAAUUGGCAUCGCCUCCCAGGCGCUGGGCAUUGCCCAGGCCUCCCUCGAUUGUGCUGUGAAAUAUGCUGAGAACCGCAUUGCCUUUGGAGCACCCCUUACCAAGCUCCAAAACAUCCAGUUCAAGCUGGCAGACAUGGCUGUGGCCCUGGAGAGUGCCCGUUUGCUGACCUGGCGUGCUGCCAUGCUGAAGGACAAUAAGAAGCCAUUCAGCAAGGAGUCGGCCAUGGCCAAGCUGGCUGCAUCUGAGGCUGCAACCGCCAUUAGCCAUCAGGCCAUCCAGAUCCUGGGUGGCAUGGGGUACGUGACAGAGAUGCCAGCUGAGCGCUACUACCGAGAUGCCCGCAUCACGGAGAUCUAUGAAGGUACCAGUGAAAUCCAGAGACUGGUGAUUGCCGGGCAUGUGCUCCGGAGCUACCGGAGCUGAGCCCUUCUGGGGGGCUUGCCUGCCUGCGGCCUGAGGCAAAGGGCAGAGUCUCAUGGCUUAACUCUGAGGUCUGGUCAGACCAUGAAGGGACCUACCUCAUUCUGUCCCUUAAGACUCUCACUGUACCCUCCCAGUCAGACUGGGGGAUGCCUGUCUCAGGGAGAGGAAAGGCCAGCUGCUGUGACCUGUGACCAAGAAGAAAUGAGUUGUCAGCUUAGAGCUGGGCUUGGCUACUUUUUUUUUUACAACCCACCAACAGUGCCUUUCUUCAUCUGAGUGGCCCACCGCAGGCAGGGCCAUGGAGGGCUAAACAACUCCCAGUGCUGUCCCCAUGAGCCUGGCUUCGGGAGCCAGAACACAAGGGAUAGGGCAGGGGUCAGGGGGAGGAGAGGAGGGGGUGGCCCAAAUGAGCAAGCCUUGGUGGCAGGAAUUUCAGUGUUUGAGUCCCCAGAGUCAUCUUGGGAUGGCUGGGGGCUGUGUCAUGGGGCCCUCUCCAGAGGUCAAAUAGAAUGCAGGUGUGUGUUGUGCUGGGCAGCUGUAGACUGUGGCCAAUAAAGCACCUGUGUCCUGAC